UCGACGUACAGCGAUCCGAUUGGAAUGCACUAUCAGCUGGUUUGCUGUCAUUCUGCUUUUAGCCGACUCCGGUGUCUGUUCCUAGUUUGGGGCGAAACAAUAUUAUUAUUAAAUAAUUUCCAACAAAUUUGUGAUACAAGAGGAUUUGAAGGCUUCAAGGAACGAUGUUGCAUUUAAGACUACUGUUGAUGACGCUUUUGUCCAUCCAUCUAACUCUUGAUCUUGUUAGCGCCGUGAAGGCGUCCGACAAAUACUCCAAGAAAGCCAACACUCUGCCAGACUCGGAAAUAUACGAGCCGGACUUCCGAAACAUUCAGCGCCCAUUCCGAAUGGCUAAACUCAACCUGGUUUGGUCGAAGGCUCAGCAUCGCCUCACGGAGCCGAAGCUGAAAUCCCUGUACACGGAACUGAAAAUUCAUGAUAAAGAAGAAAUCACCUGGAAACAGCUCAACUCCCAGCAUAAGGAUAAGGAAGGGCUUAAAGAGGCGGAAUUGCGAAAAAAGUUAAUUGGAAUCAUGAGCACCUACGGUUUGCUGGAGCACUUUGACGAGACCCAGGACCCGGAAAAAUACAAACACUACAAAGCGUACUCCGGCAAAGUGGACAGCUAUAAGAACAAGAGUCUGUUUAAAGAUAAAAAACUAAACAAGCUAUGGGAAAAGGCAGAGACUUCGGGCUUCACAAAAGAGGAACUGGAUGCGCUCAAGGAAGAGUUCGAGCACCACCAGGAAAAGAUUGAUGUGUACUACAAUCUGCUGGAACAGCUGGGCGAUGACGACGGUAAAAGUGGUAAUGUCCACGAGAAUGCAGUGAAUGAGGAGGAACAUGACCGGUUCAAUGAGAUUGCCACGGCUGAGGAGGAUAGCAACGAUGUUAGGGCGCAGCAGAGUGGCGAGAGCAAGCAGAAUGCGUUUCUGCACAAAUCCAACCAGCUGCGAGAUAAACAUCGAGAAAUCCGGGACAAUUUCGAUCGAUUGGACAGGAUAGCUUCGAAAGGACCAAACAGUCAGGAUUUCAUCGAACCGAAAGUGCAGGGACUGUGGCGGGUGGCACUGGCUUCCAACUUUACGGCCAAUGAGCUGGCUUCGCUGAAGGUGGAACUGCUGCACUACGAGAGCCGGCUGCUGAAGCUGCGACAUAUGCACGCGGAGCACGCGCUUAGUAUGGAGAAGCACAAACAAGCCAAACAUGGCGAUAAGGCCGACACGCACAAGAUGAUGGAGGAGAAUAUCAAGAAGCAGACGAGGAAGGUGGAGAAGAUUCAGGAGGAGGUGGAGAAGCGUAUCUUUAAGCAUUCAGAACUGUAAAAGACUGGAAAAUGAUUUUUUCGAUGUUGAACAGCUAGGUGUUGUCUUUUUUCCUGUGGAACUGUACUCGAAUUGUAUUGAUGUCUACUAUAUUUUUGUAACAAACGCGCAACUAAUCCAUUUUGAUGUUAAUUUUGUUUAAUUAGGAGAAAUAAAUAUCUAUUUUCAAAGUUUUUGUUCAA